AUGGGGCUGGCGCAGUGCCUGGCGGCUGCCUUCCUCUUCCUCCUCCUCCCAGGUUUGAGCACUGGCCAACGGGAGGUGACUGUUCAGAAGGGGCCCCUCUACCGCGUGACGGGGUCCCACGUCACGCUGUGGUGCAAGGUGAGCGGCUACCAGGGCCCAGCGGAGCAGAACUUCCAGUGGUCCAUCUACCUGCCCUUGGCCCCUGACCGGGAGGUGCAGAUCGUCAGCACCAUAGACCCCUCCUUCCCCUAUGCCGUCUAUGCCCAGCGCGUGCACAGCCGGGGGAUCUACGUGGAGCGGGUGCAGGGGGACGCCGUCCUGCUGCACAUCACCGACCUGCAGGACCGGGAUGCCGGGGAGUAUGAGUGCCACACGCCCAGCACCGACGAGAGGUACUUUGGGAGUUACAGCGCCAAGACUAACCUCUUAGUGAUCGCAGACACCCUCUCGGCUUCCAUGGCGCCUCAGGUCCUCACCCGUGCCGAAGGGGACACGGUGGAGCUCACCUGCGAGGUGUCCAAGUCCACCGCCCAGCACACGCAUCUCUCUGUUGGCUGGUACCGUCUUCAGGGAGCAGGAGAGAGCCAUGCCGAGGAGGUCCUCACUCUCUCCAAGGACUUUGUCUUGAGGCCAGGGCCCUCUUACACGCAGAGGUUUCUGGCAGGGGACGUGCGGCUGAACAAGGUUGGGAACACCACAUACAAGCUCUCCAUCGGGGGAGUGGAGCUGUCUGACCAGGGGCAGCUGUACUGUGAGGCAGCUGAGUGGAUUCAGGAUCCCGAUGAGACGUGGAAGGACAUCUCCCGCAAGCAAACAGAGAGGACAUUGCUGAUGGUCAUGAGCCAGGGCAGAGACCUCUCCGUGGACAUUGCUGCUGCUGAAACCUCCCUCUCUGAAGGGGAUACCUUGCACCUAAACUGCAUGGUGGGAGCCCAGAAGAGCAGCAGCAGGCACUUCCAAGUGCUUUGGCUCCUCAACGGUGUGGAAGUGGCCAGGUUUGACCCCCAUGGAGUAUUGAUUUGGGAGGAUGAAUAUGAGGAGAGAGCCAAGCUGAGGCAGCUCCGAGCUUUCAAGCAAAGCAACGUGGUUUAUGUCCUCAUCAUUUACGAGGUGGGGCUGAAGGACAACGAGAGCCGCAUGCGCCUGUCUGUGUCCACCAGCACACCACAGGUCCUGGCAGGAGAUGCCUUGAUCCUCCUUUGCGAGGUGCAAGGAGCAACCGGCCCUGUGUCCGUGCAGUGGUGGCACCUGCCACCGCAGCACCCGGGUCCGCGGGUGCCGGUGGCCACCAUGGAGCGGGAUGGCACCCUGAGCCUGGGCAGCGCCUACCAGGACAGCGCGACUCGGGGGAGCCUUCGGCUGGAGAAAGUGGGCUCUGGUGCUUUCACCCUGGUGAUCCCCAACACGUUGGACGAGGGUGACGGCGGGCGGUACGGGUGCGAAGCGACUGAGUGGUCCCGAGGCCAGAGCUGGACAGAGGAGGGGGAGACAGCAGUGACAGUCAGCUCCAUGGGUGAGUUGGGCCACCCCUAUUUCUGGGCUUUCAAGCUGGACAUGCUGGAGGCAAGGCUGGAGGAGCAGGUGGACAUAUAUGGGCAGAGUUUUGAACUCGUCUGCCAAGUGAGCGCCAGCUACACCUUCGAGGAGGUGCCGGUGUCUGUGGGGUGGCUCUUCCAGCCCAGCCCACCCACGGGCCACUACCACAAGCUGGUCUGGGUCCUUCCCAACGGCACCGUGGCCUGGGGGGCAGCGCAGCAACACUUCCAGGGGAAAGCCCAGCUGACAAAGGCUGCCACCUCCUUCAGACUGCGCAUCCACAGUGCCGUGGCUGCCAAUGAGGGGACGUACCAGUGUGAGGUGGAGGUCUGGAGGAGGAACGCCCUGACGCUGGGCCAGCCGGCAGCCACCGCCAGGUCCAAUGCCGUGGGGAUAAAGGUGGUGCUGCCAGAAAGCAAGCUUCAGGUAUCUACAAAAGAGAGCUCUGUGGAGAUUGCCGGCGGUGCUGACACAGCCAUUGAGUGCAGGAUCAUGUUUGCCCAGAGUAAUUCUCAGUUCACUGUUACCUGGUACCUCCUACCUCCUCCUCCGGCAGAUGCAACCCCCCUAAAAAUCGUAAGGGCUAACUACAGCAGCAUUCUGGAAUACGGGGCUGAGUUCAGCUCUCCUACACAAAAGUCCCGGUUCCUGAGCCAGAGGGUGUCCAGCGACGUCUUCUGGCUGCGGAUACUCUCUGCGAACCCCAGGGACCAGGGCAGGUACUACUGUGUGGUAGAGGAAUGGCUCUGGCUGGUGGACGGCUGGCACAAACUCGGAGAGGGAGCAUCGGGAAGGACCACGCUGGAGUUCAAGCUCCCAGAGCGCGAACUGCACCUGGAGAAAACCAACCGCAGCAUCUCAGCGAGGGAGGGUGAGGAGGUGACGCUGCACUGCCUGCUGCGGGGCACCCGCCCGCCUGCCGCCCGCCUCUCGGCCACCUGGUUUCGGGGGGAAGAUAGUGGCCACACCGGCUCCCUGCUCACCCUCCACUGCGACGGUGCCAUCGAGUACCCCCAGGAGAGCCUGGCGGGGAGGCUGCACCUCCGCCGCCCCACCGCAGGUGACUUCAGCCUGACGAUGCACAGUGUGAAGAAGAGUGAUGCUGGGGUCUAUCAUUGCCAGGUGCAGGAGUGGCAGCAGCAGAGCGAGGGGAAGGACUGGGCUCUGCAAGCCUUGGCACGCUCGGAGUACAUUCAGCUCACCACCAUCCCGCCAGAGUCAACUGCUUUUUCUAAGAUCUGCUCAUCGCCACCACUGCUGAACUUCAUCCUCUACUUACCGCUGGUUCUGAUCCUUCUCCUGGCCCUUGCUGGCUUCUGCUGGUGCUUCAAAUUCAGAAAAAGCAAAAAAGGCAACGUCACAGGAGACCAGCUGAUGGAACUGCAAGGGGCUGGAGAGGUCAAGAAAAUCUAG